AUGUGCCGACGGCCGAGUCAAAAGUCACCCGCCGCCCCCGGCAAUCCGCUUCCCCCCACAAAUCCGACCCCGUCGCAUGUUGCCGUUACGCUGGUUCAUCGUGCUUUUGCACACAUCAUCUCGCAAAUCUCCAAGAUGAGUCCCCGAGACAUAGAGCGCCCGGGGUCUCCUGCUCCGAAGAAAGUCCGGAUCGCCUGUCGACGGUGUCGAGCUAAACGCGUCAAGUGUGACGGCCGCAUCCCUGCAUGUAGCAAUUGCUCGCGAGCGAGGGUCCCUUGUAUCGAUGUUGAUGGUCGGAACCGUGAUAUUUCGAUUCCUCGCGAUUUCAUCGCGCAAUGCCGUGCCAGACUCACAUGGCUCGAACAACAGAUCAAACUUUUGGACCCGGACUUCGAUCUGACCAAAGGGCCAUCCGUGAAUAUGGGUGAGAAUGAAUUGACAUUGCCGUCUAGCUCGGGGGUUUCCGAUUGUGCCAAUGCUGUCACUACUAUGCUGGAGACUGACACACAGAGUCGCGACAAGCCAGCCACAAGAAAACGACCAUACGACUUAGUCGAGGACCCAGAACCUGACCAGACCCCACGUGCAGAAGCAUCAUCUGUGGCGAAUGCAUUUGGGAUGCUGUCCUUACAUUCAGAUUCCCGACAACAGCACUACAUGGGUUCUUCCUCAGGACUACUGUUCACGAAGCUGAUUGGAGUGGAUAGAGAUACACAGGUAUCCAGCCCAUCAUCCAAUAGUGAAACUAGCAAGUAUGGCAGGCAUUCAACCUCUCAAGCCUUGAAGCAAGGCUAUCGCUCUCUGUACCAGAGCUUGACAAGGGAACUCCCUCCCCCCGAGGAAGCUGAAAUCUUAUUUGCGGUCUACUUCCAGCAUAUACAUAUUGACUACCCCGUUCUUCAUGCGCCUUCGCUAGUCAAUGCGUAUUUGGCAUUGUAUGAGAGCACACAGAUGGAACCCACGGGCCAAUACGAUAGUAACGGGUGGAUGGAAGGCCUGGAACCCUUCGAGUACAAUGGCAUGGCUGAUCAUGAAAGCGGCAAACCGUCUACGCCGAUAUCAGUAUUCACAGCCGUGUUUCAUGUCUUCAUGGUCUUCUCUCUGGCAGCGACCGUACUAACGCGCAAGAAGAACUUUGAUUACUCCCCGACAAAAUUCUACAGAAUGGCCUUAGCGGAAACAUCUAGUUGCUUCUCCUCUGUGUCAGUGACAUCUCUGCAGGGUAUAUUACUCUUGGCGAUUCAUAGCAUGAUCUGCCCGGCUGGCCUGAAUAUCUGGACACUGGCACAUAUAGCAAUGUCGCAUUGCAUUGACUUGGGCCUUCAUCGAGAACCUAGCCCGUCUACGCGCGUUUCCAGAACGUCUCUGGCUGUCAAGAGGCUGAUAUUCUAUACAACAUACUCCCUCGAUCGAACAAUAGCCACUAUCCAAGGCCGUCCUUUAGGUAUUAGGGAUGAAACAUUUGAUAUGCAACGUCCCGAAGUAGAAGAUGUCAGUGAAGAAUCGUCUAUAAUUGGAAAUUGCCAACUCCAUGUUUCAGCGCCAUCAUCCGCCCAUAUGACAAUGUCCAUUCGUCGUUUCAGACUGGAUCAGUACAUAACUGAGAUAAAGCUCCUUUUCUAUCAUUUACCCAAAAAGCUUCGCCCGCUCGUGUGGCCGAAUGACCUUGAAAAUCAUCAGGCACAGAUCAAGCUUAACCUUGACGCAUGGUUGACCGAGACAUCUCUCAUACAACCGCCGACUGACCGAGAAGAGGACAGAAAAAGCGUUGAGCAUGAGAAACUCAGGUUGGAGAUUUUGUACCACUCAGCAAUAACGCUCCUUUUUCAGCCUUCCCAAGCAUUCCGUUCGCCAUCGCCAAGUGCUUUAAAACAGUGCUAUCAAAGUUGCAGUCGAAAGUUACGCAUAUACGAUCAUCUUAGUGCAGAGGAACAGCUAUUAUACAACUGGCGAAACAUUCACGGUAUAUUUUCCUCGGGCGCGACACUGAUCUACUGCAUCUGGGCAUCACCCUCUCUUCAGGCCACCACCCCGUUCGCGGAGGUAUUGAGGGAUCUGCGGACCUGCUCCAACCUCCUCAGUAUCGGUGGUCAGUGGUGGCCUUCUGUACGUAAUGGCAAGGGAAGCUUCGACAAGAUGGUCGACCUUACCAUACGGCAGUUAAGUCGUACUCAGACCUCUCCAUCAAAAAUGCGGGGCUCACUACACACCCAACAUGCUGAGAUUGGCUGUCAACCUGAUCUACACCCUUCCAGUUUGGUUCCUGAAUUUCCUAAUAAUUCGAGUAUUCAACUAACGGAAGACUCAUCCCGCCACCCUGAAGGGCUCGGUGGUCUCCCAAAUGCAGAGUUUCAUGACUCUACAGGAGACCAUUUGGAUCUUGGUCUAGGAGAACCUGGAUUGUUGUUUCCCAACCCGAAUGGCAUGGAUGUUACUGACACAUAUUCCAUUGACUCUGCGAUGGAGAGCUUUCUCGCCGAAUUUAUCCGCGGAGACUGGGGCUGGGACCCAUUCUCAGGCACAGCGACCUUGUGA